AUGAGUCUACGUCCGAAAAAGACUUGCAGGGGAGUGGAGAGUGGAGUAAUUCCAGCUCUCUUAGAACCAACUUCUCUGCACGGAACCCGUCCGGUAGUUUGGCACCGGAGCGCCCGGACGUCUCUGCGGUGUCCCGGGACAGUGGCAAAGAAGUUGCGGCGUCCGGCGACUUUUAGGAACGGGAUUUCCAGGGCUGUGAGGAUUUGUUUAAGGAGUGAAGGAGGAGAGUUUUUUUAUUUAUUUAUUUUUAUUUUUUUGCAACUCAAUGCAAAGCUCUAGAAAACUUUGGGUGCUUGUUUCUGAAGGUGUUUGUUACUGAUGUAAACUGAUGCUGUCUGACUAUGUUUUGCGGACUGUGCGCUAGAUCACCGGAGAGUUGGAGAGUUGAAGGUUUUGUCUGGCGGCUGGCGAAAGUUUUGGCUUAAUUGGAUCGGCGACAGCAGUUGACUGUGCAGUGACUGUGUGAAAGCCUUCUUCGGAAAGCCGACGAUGUUCAGCGUCUGAGUUGAACUUUCGGAUGCUGCAGGAGAGCAGGGAAACCGCGACCACCGGCUGCGCAAGUGGUGCGCACCGUGCUCCAACUCCCAGUCUUUGGAAGCAAACGUAAAUCGAUGCGGCAUCCCCAGAGAGGCGGACGGGACCGACGGGACUCAUCCAAAACUGUCUAGGUUUGUCGUAUGUUCAAGUCGAAACGCUCCGGUCUUGUUCGGCGACUCUGGAGAAGCCGUCUGGUCACCGAGAGCGACGGGCGGGAUGGAGGCAGACGAGGCGAGGCGGGACGGCACGGUCACUCGGGAAGGCUCCACAGACACGAGCAGAGGUCGGUGACACGCAGUGACGCGGCGCCGGGACUCUCCGCAGAGGCUGGAGACAUGACGGAGACCAUUGAGAGGAACGAAGAGGAGCAAUCCGACGACGACCGGGGUGUCAUGUGCGUCGCGGGGCGCAGGAGCCCCUUGCCGGAGCAGGAGGGCGACGGGAGGACUGUGACGUGCUGUUUGUUUGGGGAGUGGGAUCUUAGACCACGGAGCUCCUACUGGGCCCUGAGGAAAGACGCGGGGAUCCCCUGCCAGUGCGCACCCAGGCGCACCGGGCUAGAGGAGGACUUAGCGAGUACCGCUCACGCUUUUUUGAAAAGACUCAAAGACAGAUCUCUUGAUGCUCUGGUGAAGGCUGUGGAGACCAAAGGAGGGGUGCCAGGCGAGUGCGUCGCCGUGCCGAGAACCGAGCUGCGGCUCGGCGGACACCACGUCUCCCCCCAGUAUCUGUUGUGUCGGCUGUUUCGCUGGAGCGACCUGCCGCUGUCAGCCCGACUCAAGGCGCUGUGCCACUGCCAGAGCUUCGGCUCCGGAGACGGCGCAAAGGUGUGCUGCAACCCCUAUCACUACAGCCGGCUGUGCGGGCCAGGUGAGGAGGACACCAAAACUGGGGGAGGUGUAUUCACAUGGUGGGGGAAGGUGAGGGGGGAAUCACCUCCUCCUCCAUAUUCUCAGUCCCGUUCAGAUGAACACAAGCUACUGGACUCAGCUCUGUCUUACACUGAAACUGCAGCCCCCCUCCUUCCCAGUCCGCCCCACAUUAUGCCAAGAGACUACACAGACACUGGUACCUCCAUCGGCUCCUCCACCUACGGCGGACACCGCUCUCACUGGUGCAGCGUCGCCUACUGGGAGCAGCGGACCCGCGUCGGCCGCCUGUACCCGGCCUACGAGCCCUCACUCAAUAUCUUCUACGACCUACCUCAGGGCACGGGCCUCUGCCUCGGCCAGCUCCAUGCCAACACCUACCACAGCCGCCGCGAGGACCCGGGCAGCCACGCCGCAUCGGACCCUUACCGGCACCACAGCCACGGAAGAGGAGGAAGAUCGGGAGGGAACAGCGGCGGCGGCGGCGGCAACGUACAACAGAUUCGCAGUAAAAUCGGUUUCGGCAUCGUGCUGAGCCGCGAGGCCGACGGCGUGUGGGUCUACAACCGCAGCCAGCACCCGGUGUUCGUCCACUCGCCCACUCUGGACCUGCCGAGCGCUCGUGGGCUGAGCGUGAGGAGGGUGAUGCCUGGUUUCUCCCUCAAGGUGUUUGACUAUGAGUGUUCUAGCUGGAUGACGGAGCACGGCGUGAAGCCAGAGACUCAGGAAGGGCCCUGGGACCCCCACAGCAUCCGGAUCAGUUUCGCUAAGGGUUGGGGCCCCUGCUACUCCAGACAGUUCAUCACCUCCUGCCCCUGCUGGCUGGAGGUGCUGCUCAACACCCACAGAUAGCACACCGACACACCCCGACUCACAGGAAGCCACCGGACUCACUACCCCAAUUGUAAUCUACCUAGAUUUAAUAUAAAUUUAUAUAUUAUAUAAAAUAUAUUUUACAUGUAAAUACUUGAGUCAUUUUUACGAUGCAAUUAUUUAUGUUUAGUGUAAUGUGUAUAUUGUCAACAUACACUAAAAUAAAAAGGAACAAGAAUAUGCACUUUGAUUCUAUAUAUGCA